AUGGGGACGCAUCUUGAUGCCUGCCGGUACCGCAGCCUGGGAGCGAGAACGGCUCCCGAAUAUUCCGCCCGUUCCUGCCACAGCGUGCGGGAGGCCGCUGCGGUGCAGAGCUCCAUCCGCUGCCACCUGAACAGCCGGAUGGUCACGUUUCCAGCACUUUCACGCAGGCUGCAAACGAGACGCGCUCCUGCAAACCGCGAGCAGCUCAACGCGCUGCUCCCCUCCUGGAGGCUGCUGAAACCUGGGUCCUCGGUGCAGCCUUGGAUCUGUGAGGCAUUUCUAAUUGGAGCUUGGUUUGCAUGCGGUAAACAACCAGAUACACCAACCUCCUACUCCAAAAAAGAAAAGCCUUAUUACCAGGAGGUGACAGUCCAUCACUCCCUCCUCUCGGCCCCGCAGGACCCCGAGCGCCCCGACGGCAGCACUGCGGGGCUGGGGCUGCGCGCAGCUCCUCAGAGGGGAUGGAUCCGGCUGUCGAGCCUCUCCGUGGGCUCCUUCGUUUCGGGGAAAGGGUGCAAGGACAGCGCCGUGCCCACCGGGGCGGGGGGUUGUGGGGGUUGGGAGAAGGGAGGAGGUGAGAUAAAAGGGGGCGGCGGGGGGGCUGGGAGAAGGGAGCCGCCGUCGCGGAGCCCCGCCGGGAGCAUGGCCCCUGUGCUGCUGCCGCCGCCGCCGCCGCUGCUGCUGCUGCUGCUGCUGGGGCGGCCGCUGCUCGGGGCGCCGGGGCAGGGCGCGGGCACCUGGUCCCGCUUCGCCCGGCUGCCCUACCCGCAGGACCAGCUCUUCCUCUACGACACCUUCCCCGACGGCUUCCUCUGGGGAGCGGGCAGCGCCGCGUACCAGACGGAGGGCGGCUGGCGCCAGGGCGGCAAAGGCCCCUCUGUCUGGGACACCUUCACCCACCGCCCGGCCACGCCGCCGGGCUCCCAGCCGCCGGGGCCGGCGGGCGGCGACGUGGCCAGCGACAGCUACAACAACCUCUUCCGCGACGCCGAGGGGCUGCGGCGCCUGGGGGUCUCGCACUACCGCUUCUCGCUGUCCUGGGCCCGGCUGCUGCCCAACGGCACGGCGCCCCUCAACCCCGCCGGGCUCGCCCACUACCGGCGGCUGCUGGGCCGCCUGCGGGAGCUGGGCGUCGAGCCCGUCGUCACCCUCUACCACUGGGACCUGCCGCAGGGCCUGCAGGACGCCUUCGGCGGCUGGGCCAGCCCCGUCCUGCCCCAGCUCUUCCGCGACUACGCCGAGCUCUGCUUCCGGCAUUUCGGCGGGCAGGUGCGCUACUGGCUGACCAUGGACAACCCCUACGUGGUGGCCUGGCACGGCUACGGCACCGGGCGGCUGCCGCCCGGCCUGCGGGGCGGCCCGCGCCUCGGCUACCGGGCGGCCCACCACCUGCUCCAGGCCCAUGCUAAAGUCUGGCAUCUCUACAAUGACCAUUUUCGUCCAACUCAAAGAGGAAAAGUGUCCAUUGCCCUUAGCUCCCACUGGAUAAAACCUCAACGUAUGACUGAAAAAAACAUAAAAGAAUGUCAAAAAUCCCUUGAUUUCGUGCUUGGCUGGUUUGCUAAGCCCAUAUUUAUUGAUGGUGACUAUCCAGAAAGCAUGAGGAGCAACCUCUCAUCUCUGUUGCCUGAAUUCAGUGAAGCUGAGAAGAAUUAUAUCAAGGGAACAGGAGACUUUUUUGCUCUUUCUUUUGGAGCUACUCUGAGUUUCCAGCUUUUGGACUCCCACAUGAAAUUCCAGCAGUUGGAAUCAAUAAGCCUGCGGCAGCUUCUUUACUGGAUAAGCAGUGAAUAUAACAACCCCCAGAUAUUCAUUGUGGAGAACAGCUGGUUUGUUUCUGGUAGCACCAAGAGAGAUGAUGCCAAAUAUAUUUACUAUCUCAAAAAGUUCAUUAUGGAAACUUUAAAAGCCAUCCGGUACGAUGGAGUUAAUGUGUUUGGCUACACAGUCUGGUCCCUCCUGGAUGGCUUUGAAUGGCACAGGGGAUACAGCAUUCGGCGUGGAUUGUUUUAUGUUGAUUUUCAAAGCCAUGACAAGAAGUUGAUGCCCAAAUCUUCUGUUUUGUUCUAUCAAAAGCUGAUAGAAAAAAAUGGCUUCCCACCUUUGCCUGAAAACCAGCCCAUAAAAGGGAUUUUUCCCUGUGGCUUUGCUUGGGGGAUUGUUGACAACUACAUUCAGGUAGACACGACACCCACCCAGUUUCUUGACUCUAGUGUUUAUGUGUGGGAUGUUCACCAGACAAAGAAGCUUAUUAAAGUGGAUGGAGUUUUCACCUCGAAACGCAAGCGUCACUGUGUUGACUUCGCUGCUAUCAGGCUCCAGAUCUCUCUUCUGCAGGAAAUGCAUGUCACACACUUCCAUUUUUCGCUGAAAUGGUCUUUAAUCCUUCCUUUAGGUAACCUUUCUCUGAUCAACCACACACUUGUACAUUAUUAUCAGUGUUUUGCUAGUGAACUUCUCAGAGUUAACAUAACUCCCGUUGUUGCUUUGUGGCAACCUAUGGUUGACAAUCAAGAGCUUCCAGUUUCCCUUGCCAAAUAUGGAGCCUGGGAAAACCCAGACACCAUUCAGGCUUUUGUUGAGUAUGCCAAAUUCUGCUUUACAAGUCUUGGGGACCACGUCAAAUUCUGGAUCACAAUGAAUGAACCAUCUGUGAAAAACCUGACAUAUACUGCAGGGCACAACCUGUUGAAAGCCCAUGCGAAAACAUGGCAUCUCUAUGACAAAGAAUUCAGGAGAUCUCAGAAGGGUAAAAUAUCUAUAGCUCUGCAAGCUGACUGGGUAGAACCAGCUUGUCCCUUUUCCAGGAAUGACCAAGAAGUUGCUGACAGAAUUUUAGAGUUUGACAUUGGCUGGCUUGCAGAGCCCAUCUUUGGGAAUGGUGAUUACCCACAGGUGAUGAGAGCGUGGCUUCACCGAAGAAACAGUAUUGACCUGUAUAAUUUCCACUUGCCUUAUUUCUCAGAAGAUGAAAAGAAGUUAAUCCAGGGCUCAUUUGAUUUUUUUGCUUUGAGUCACUACACCACUACCCUUGUGGGAUGGGAGAAAGAAGAUGCACUAAAAUAUGACCACUAUCUUGAAGUUCAGAUGAUCAAUGACAUCACAUGGCUCCACUCCCCCAACAGAGCUGCAGUAGUGCCCUGGGGACUGCGGAAAUUGCUCAAGUGGGUUAAAUCAAAGUAUGGUGAUUUCCCAAUUUAUGUUAUGGCUAAUGGAAUUGAUGAUGACCAGAAUAUGGUGCAUGAUAAGCUCAGAGUGUAUUACAUACAGAACUACAUCAAUGAAGCUUUAAAAGCUUACACCUUGGAUAAUGUUAACCUGCAGGGAUAUUUUGUCUAUUCUUUUAAUGACAAGACUGCUCCUAAAUAUGGGCUCUACAGUUACACUGCAAAUCAGUAUGAACCAAAGCCUUCUAUGAAACAUUACAGAGAAAUAAUUGACAAUAAUGGUUUUCCUGGUCCUGAAACUCCUGAGCUGCUGUGCCCAGAAGACAUUACCUCAUGUCCUGAAUGCCACUUCUUCCGAACCAGAAAAUCACUAUUAGCCUUUAUCUCUUUCAUAUUUGUUGCCUUUAUUGUUACUAUAUUCUUCAUUACUUACUACUCCAAGAGGGUAGAAAAAAGGUAUAAAUAGAGCUGCCCCCUUCAAUCCAUCGCUUACUGCCCUUUCUCUUGCAUUCCCUUGGGAAAUCUGAAAUGAGUGCACAGUGUUGUGAUUGCUUCAAGCAUUAGGAAGGCAUUUACCUUGCCUGAUACUGCAGGGCAUUGACACUGAGAAGAGACUGCUAGCAUAUGGCUUCCAGAAAUAGUUUUCUCUGGUUUAGUACAUUUGCUUUAUGACCAGUCCUUAAUUCUUGUGGUUGAAGCUAUCUCACAGCUUUCCCUGGGACCUUUUGUUGAGCAGAUGCUUUCUACUCCUUAAUUUUGCCUUGCUGAGUUUGACAGGUAAAAGUCUGUUCUGAAGACAUAAAAUGAUGGAAGAGUCUGAGCGUCAAAUUUUCCAAGGAAGACUGAAGAUAAAUAAAAUGGUUUACUUUUCCAAAUUAGGGUUUAAUGCUGAUACUGCAUGAUCAGAGCCGGCACCUGACUGGAGCAGAGAUCAUGAUAGAGCAGAGACAGAGAACUUCACAAAGCAGCAUCAGGGAAAGGGACACCUGCUUUCCCAAAACAGAUGAAAGGGGAAGAGCAGGGGCACACAAGCCUGUGCUGCUGGGAGCUCUCAGUAAAUCAGUUAAUUACUCAGGUUGCUGGUGGCUGCAUCCGACUUCAGAAUGUCACAGUGAAAUUUCAGCUCAAGAAACUGUGUCUUUUUCAGUGGGGAAAGCACAGGGAUAUGUCCAAAGAUGGCCAGGGUCAUGCCAUCUGAUGGGAAGAGAUGAGAAGGGUGAAAGGGCUUCUCUUUGAUUUGCUCAGUGAAAAAGCAGAGAGCAGGAACUGGGGGUUCUUUGCUGCUUCAUUUGUCAGAAAACUGUGAGCCUGACCCUCUGCCCACGGACACAGCAGGGCUGGGAUACCCCAUUUCUGCACCUCCCACAGCAAGUUGCACACAGCUGGCACCCUGCUGCUGCCUGGCUACUUUCCUGCUACCUACCUGGAAGCUUGUGGGUACCUUACUGAGAUGGUCUCUGCAUGCCAUUUGUGUUGAGUGUGGAGACCUUACAUCCCAGCAUUUUGACGUAUAAUCUGCACUUUAUUGCUGCUUUUGCUGGGGUCUGAGAUGUUGGAGCUGUUAGUCUGAGCCUCCUCCAGGUUGGCUGAAGGGUUGGUUGCCUUUGAGCAACUGGAUCUGGCCCUGGCAGCAUUUCAUCCCAAGGCAUUGCAUAGCAUCUGCAGGCCUCUCAUUUUUCUCUCAGUAAGAUAAGUUAACAAAAUAUUAGUAGCAUUUUUUAUGAGAAGAAAUAGAAUUGAAAAAAACCCUGUGAUAUUUUGCCUGCCUUGCAAAUCACAUUAGGAGUGUCCUCAGUAGAAAGCAGUGAGGUAAUUUUUCUCCCCUCUCUAGCUUUUGGCUGGCAUUGCCUUUAGCUGUAAUUGUAUUUUUAUUGCUAUGUGAAUAAUGUCAGUCACUGGAAAGAAUAUUUUAAAGGAAAUGUGCUCUGUGUUAAUUAAGAAUUAUUUAUCUACUAAAGCUGAUUCAACUGUAUUAAAUGUGAUGUUUAUCUCCUAGAUGACUAGUAGAUGACUAAAUUAUCUCCCAGGGUUCCUUUCAACCUGAAUACUCUAUGAUUCUGUGAUUUUAUACUGUAAAUUAAAACUUAAAUGUGAAAUAUGAUUUUAAUUUGUAACUUGAGAUUCUAUUUUUAAAAAAAAUAAUCUACAGAAAUAGAAAAUAAUUAGUAUCUUAUCAUAAUGAUGAACAUAUUUGUCCUCUAGUUCCAGGCUUAAAAUAGUCUCUUUUUGUGCUAAUGUAUAUUUUGGUAUUGAGAUUAAGGUGAAAAAUUCAGGGUAAGUGGUGAAGUAUUAAAAAUAUAUGUAAAAAAUAUUUAUAGCCUGAAGAAGAGCAAAUAUAGCUGAAGAAGAGCGAAUUUUAAACUGCUGUAUAUUUAUGCAUUGGUGCCCGGCACAAUGUGGAUUGGAAAGAAAUAGCUCUCCCUGAAAGUGUAAAAUGCCAAAUGGCUUUCUCCAUGGCAUGGCAUGAGUCACCUUGCACUACAUCACUCCAGUAGUCAGAUGCCUUCACAGUAUGAAACAAGAAGUGACAUUCAUUGAAUUUAAACUGCAGCCGGGUCACACCUAACUUGUACUUAUGUGUGCGCAUGGAUGUAUAUUGUAAUUAUUUUACUGUUGGUAAAGCACCAAGAGUCUGGAUCUGAUCUUUCUGAGCACUUAUGUGCCUCCCCCUGGGUUUGGGGCAAGCCCAGCAGAGCACCAGUGCUGUGUUGGUGGGCAUGUGCCUGUCAUGACACUUCACUAACCAUUAACCAUCCGGCCAGUUGCUGUCUGUGGUGUUUAAUGGCCCAGGCACAGCUCAAAGUGUGAAGCAGCAGUCAGAGAUGCUGCAGGCUCAUCCCGGAGAGGCUGGGUGAUAUGUAAACCACCGACAGGCAGAUGGCACCAGCUGGAUAUCUAAUUUGUAGGUACAUUGGGAUUUGUUGCUAUGAAGCUGUAUGAUCACGUCCACUCAUGGUGCCGUGGCCCGUAGGAACAACGCAGCCUUUGGUGCUUUUCCCUUUCAGAAGAGAUUUUAAAUACCUCUGUGUAUAUUUAAAACGGCAGUUGCCAAAGUCUUCUUCUAAGCUGUCUGCCUGUGGUGCUGCCUGUGCACAGCCAUGCAUCGCUCUCAGCCAACGAACUGCCUAAUGAUGGGCCAGGGAAAAUACAGUCUGGGCUGAUGGAGAUAAUGGUAUGGUUUUGCCUCGGGAAUCUGCUUCAUUUUAUGUCUUCAGGGGCCAGCAUGAGUUUCUUGUCAAUCUUGAAAAAAAAAUCACCCACCACUAACAACAAAAAAGCCCUUGAAUAGGCAAACGUUAGGUAUCUGUCCAAGGAGAGCUGCUACAUGCUCAUGCAAAUUGAUGCAGUAAUCACCUCUUGCAGUCAGACUCUUGCGUGGGGCAUUUAAUCCAUUUGAUACCCAUGUGUGAGUGAUGAUCUGGCACUCCCUGUUAUCAUCUGCAUCUACAGCAGAAACACCAACAGCAGCAAGGACUUCGAGCAGGGGGGACUCCCUACUCAGGCUGCAAAGUCAGCUCAGGGGAGGACGGUGUUUUAUUUUCUGAAGCACAACCAGAGUCUGCAUGUGAUGGAUGUUAACCCACAGUAUCCUCUGUAGACUAGUUUCUUGAUUUUACCUGUGUUUCUAGGAUGAACUGUUGUUGCCAGUUUGCUCAAUGUUCCAGAUUAGACGUGUUGUAAAAAUACAAAGUUAUAUUUUUAUUAAAAAUAUUUUUGUGGUGUGAAUGCAAAGCUUCUGUUUAAUUUCUUGAAAAGAUUGUGCAGUAUGACUGUAGGAAGGAUGUCUUUGCUAAAUGAAAGAAUGAAUGUGAUAUUAUUUUUAUACAAUCUCAGAAAUGAAAUAAAGAUACUGUACUUAACAAA